AUGGAUCCUGUGACAAUUAUUGAAGUUAUAAAGUGGAUAGCUCCUCCCGGUUGUAGAUACUGGAAGGACCAUAGAAAGUUUAAUGAAUUCUUGAGUUCUCUGGAAAGAGAGAAACGGGAUCUUAUAACAAACAAAGAAGUGGAAAGUUGGUUGAGAAAAGCAGAAAAGAUCUUCGAGGAGACAAAGAGAAUUGAAGAUAAAUUCAGAAAAGGCGACUAUUUUUUGCGUGGUUGGCGAGGAAAACUUCUUGAUGAAAAGAUUCAAGAAGUGAAAAGAGUUUAUGAUCAAGGUAUUUUUCCAGCUGGUUUGGUAAUUGAUGCUCCUGAUGACACUGGAUUGCAAUUACCAGCAUCAAAAAUGGUAGUUGAAGCUAGUGUAAAGGAAAAAAUUUUGAAACUCUUGAUUGGUGAUAAGGUAUGCAAGAUAGGUGUUUGUGGAAUGGGAGGGGUUGGUAAAACAACCAUCAUGAAACACAUUCAUAAUCAGCUCUUAAAAGAAAGAAAUAAGUUUGAUAAAGUAAUUUGGGCAACCGUAUCCAAGGAGUAUGCUGUUGUUAAAUUGCAACAAGACAUUGCAACUGCACUGGGGGAAGAUUUGUUGAAACAUAAUGAUAUCACCAUGCGGGCUGCAGUGUUACAAGAGAUGUUGAAAGGGAAAAAGAUAUAUGUGCUAAUUUUAGAUGAUGUGUGGAAGGAAAUUUCUCUAGAGGAAGUUGGAAUCCCGGAGCAACUGUAA